AACGUGCUUUCAACCGUCUUGAUUUCAACAUAGGAGUUGCAAGGAGGGCUUAUUAUUAUUAUUUUCCGCUUCCAAGUUCCAUCCUUUCCUAUCAUAACAAAGCCAUAAGCAAGGCCCUAUAUACCGCCGUAAGCUGUUGAGGUGGCGCCAUGAUUCGUCUGCAGAAUGCUUCUGAGCGCGCCGCCGCCGGUCAGGUCGACGAGACGAAACUGGCGCGCGACUCUGUAAUCGCCAAUACGGCCACAUUUUUCGUGCUGUGCGGCGUCAUCAGAGCCACUGGCCGGGCCGGCGAGAUCGAUCGGCGCCGGUGGCGCCUCUGGCGGGAGGCUGGCGCACUAGCGGCCGCCAGUGGGCCGGUCGCCCUCGGCGAGUUGACCGUCGGCUCAGGUCGCUGUGCGUUUGUGUGCCGGGCGUCGGUGCCGGUGCUCGGUGACACUAUGGAUUUUGUACUCCGGCGGGUUUGAGACCAGUCAUGUGACAGAGGCGAGGUGGGCCAUGAUACCCUCCGCCCCUGCCCUCCUUCUGCUAUCUCUGCUGCAUGUCCUGGCGGCCGACAACCCGCGUCACUUCCGCAUCGGCGGCGUGCUCUCCAGCACCGAGAACGAGCAAACCUUCAACAAAACAAUCCAGGAACUCAAUGAACAAAAAGAAUAUGUAUCCCGCGCCUCAACCCUUUACGUUUCAACCAUUCGGAUGGAGGAGAAUCCCAUUCGCACGGCCCUCAACGUGUGCAAAUACCUCGUCAACUCACAGGUGUACGCAAUGGUCGUGUCCCACCCCAGCACCGGGGACAUCUCUCCCGCCGCCGUCUCCUACACGUCUGGAUUCUACCACAUCCCCGUGGUGGGCAUCACCUCUCGCGAUAGCGCCUUCUCGGACAAGAACAUCCACGGCUCGUUUCUGCGCACGGUGCCGCCCUACUCGCACCAGGCCGACGUGUGGGUGGACCUACUCAAAAUGCUCGGAUACACCCAGGUGAUCUUCAUGCACAGCUCGGACGCGGACGGCCGCUCCGUGUCUAGCCGGUUCCUGGCGCAGGCACAGACCAUGGAUUCCACCGACACGGACAUGAAGGUGGAAGAAGUCGUAGAGUUUGAGCCGGGCCUGAAGACGUUCACCGAACAGCUGAAACUGGUGCGCUCACUUCAGUCUCGCGUCUACCUGCUCUACGCCAGCCAAAACGACAGUGAGGUGAUUUUCCACGACGCGGCCUUCCUGAACAUGACUGAGGUGGGCUACGUGUGGAUCGUCACUGAACAAGCUCUGGCCGCCAGCACGGUGCCCAAAGGUGUGCUGGGGUUCCGACUUAGCGCCUCCGACGAGACCAAACACAUCAAGGAUAGCUUGUACGUUCUGGCAGCCGCCCUGAAGGAGAUGUCGCAAAAGGAAAACAUCACGGAGGCACCCAAGGACUGCAACAACACCGGAGACGGCUGGGAGACGGGAAAAACUCUGUUCAAGUACAUUCGUAAACAAGUUCUGUUCGACGGGCAGACGGGAAAAGUCGCUUUCGACGAUAACGGAGACCGCAUCAAUGCAGAAUAUGACGUCAUCAACACAGACAGUACCCGUACCAAGCGGAUAGUGGGGAAAUACGCCUAUUCAAAGUCGUUGGAGAGGAUGGAGCUGAAGCUGAAGACGAGCGAUAUCAUCUGGCCGGGCGGCAGCAACGUCAAGCCGGACGGCGUCAAGAUCCCGACGCACCUCAAGGUGCUGACUCUGCAGGAGCAGCCGUUCGUGUACAGCCGUCGUUUGGAGCGCGGCCAGAAGUGUGACGACUCUGAGACGCGCUGUCCGUGGCACAACACCACAGGCGAAGAUGUCGAAUUCUGCUGCUGGGGCUACUGCAUAGACCUGCUGAACAAGCUGUCGGAGCGUGUCAACUUCACGUUCGACCUGUUCCUCUCUCCUGACGGCGAGUUCGGCGACUACGUCUCCAGGAAUGUGUCAGGGAAGAAGGAGUGGACGGGUAUGAUUGGUGAGCUGGUGAGAGAGCGCGCAGACAUGAUCGCAGCCCCGCUCACCAUCAAUCCGGAGCGGGCAGCCUUCAUCGAGUUCAGCAAACCGUUCAAAUACCAGGGCAUCACCAUAUUGGAAAAACGGCAACCGCGGGCCUCCACACUGGUCUCCUUCCUGCAGCCGUUCAAGCACACGCUCUGGGUGCUGGUGCUGGUCUCAGUACACGUCGUGGCGCUCGUGCUCUACCUCCUCGACCGGUUCUCGCCGUUCGGUCGUCAGGCGAGCAGGGACAGUGGCAAUGCAGAGGAUGACGCGCUGAACCUGUCGUCUGCCAUGUGGUUCGCCUAUGGGGUGCUGCUCAACAGCGGCAUUGGUGAUGGCACUCCGCGUAGCUUCUCGGCCCGGGUACUGGGUAUGGUGUGGGCUGGAUUCGCAAUGAUCAUCAUCGCCUCAUACACUGCCAACCUGGCUGCCUUCCUCGUGCUCGACAGGCCUCAGACGCGGCUUAGUGGCAUCAACGACGCUAGGUUGCGGAAUCCAAUGGAGAACUUUUCGUACGCCACCGUCAAGGGCUCGGCGGUCGACAUGUACUUUCGGCGACAAGUGGAGCUGAGUAACAUGUACCGAACUAUGGAGGGGAAGCAGUUCACCUCGGCAGAGGAGGCCAUCAAAGCCGUCAUCAACGGCUCUUUAAAUGCCUUCAUCUGGGACAGUUCACGACUCGAGUUCGAGGCCGCGCAGAACUGUGCCCUGGUGACGGCGGGAGAGCUCUUUGGCCGCUCCGGCUACGGGAUCGGCCUAAAAAAGGACUCGCCAUGGGCCAAUCACGUGACCCUGGCCAUCCUCCAGUUUCACGAGAGUGGCUACAUGGAGCAGCUAGACAAUCGAUGGAUCUUCCAAAACCGCAAGGAGUGUGAGACGAGAGAGAAGGCGCCAGCGACGCUCGGUCUGAAAAACAUGGCCGGCGUGUUCAUACUGGUGCUGGCAGGCAUCGCCGGCGGCUGUGCACUCAUCAUUAUAGAGAUCAUCUAUAAGCGGCACAAGAUCCGGAGCCAGCGGAAACUGGCGCUGGCCAAAAAUGCUGCGGACAGGUGGCGGGGAGCUGUGGAGCGAGACUCGGACCUGAAGCGGCUGGCGUUGCUGGCGGACGUGGACGCUCCGCCUGAUGUGCCCCGAAACACGCCCGAGCCGUGCCGCGAGCCGACGCUACCCCCGGUCCUCAUAGGACUCGAGUGGGAGACCAAUUCGCCUGUGUGACAUACCGUCCAUUGAUGGACAGUUAGUGAAGCGGCGCCGCCUGCGCCAGUCCCGCCAGCACGCGCGGCACAACGGCGAGCCGGGCUUCUCCGCCGACCCUUUCGGCACCGACUUCAGCAGCGCCUUCUCGUGGAGCUCGCCGGACGUGCGGCAGCGGGUGCUGCAGCCGCCGCCGCCGCCCGCCCGCAGAAAGAUGACCAUACUGGACGCCUAGCGCCACCGCGCGGCCGCUGCACCAACCACAGCUUCUGGUGGCUGUCGCGCGGCGGCGGUGCGACGUGCUCAAAGUCAGUGGUAAAGGGACCGGUCCGUGCUAGGACUGAAAGGUGCUCUUUUUUAGCCAGCUGGUUGUUAUUUGUUCGAGCUAUUUUUGCGCCAAGUGAGUGUGUGUUUGUGUGUGCAGUCGUUGUGAGAGCGCGUGGUUAGGAGUGCUGUAGCACUGUUGGGAAAAUCUGCGUUGUGUUGAGUCGUAUCAUCAGCGUUUGUGGCUGAUGAGUAUCGCGGCCAAUACGGUGGCGGUGGUGGCCGCCCUGCAACCAUUCCUGUGACGUCUCAGACGAGACACGUGCCAACCUGGUCUUCGCUCGUAGGAAGCACUCUCGCACCUUCCCGUCCCGAAUACGGUACUACUGGGAGCUGGACGGCUGUCCCAAUCGCUCGGAAAUGAUGAACCAAUUCCGGUAGUGGAUAUCCAAAACACAAAACUAUAAGCCCAUACCCCAUACUAGAAGACAAUCAUCUUGUUUUCAUUUUUCUUUCAUCAAAAAUCAAUCCAUUCCCUAAGUCUCAUGAGGUAUCAUCUCUUAGUAUCUCGUCAGUUUCGUUGGGCCGGCUGGGUUCUCGGUUCUCCCUCCCUCGGCCCUGCUCCAGUAACCAGCCGGUUCCGGGUGUACGGGUGCAAUUCCGCCUCGCGAUUCAACUAGGGCCGACGCGUACCGAAAAGGCGAGUCUCUGGUGAGAGCCAUGCCGUCCUUACGUGCUCAGGAGAUCGCUUCGACGACACUGGGCUCGGCGCGGCGGCGGCGCCCGAGCGACUCUGGCACGGACUUGGGCUGCAAUAUCUCACCGAGUCGGGCUGCCAUAUCUCACCGAGUCGGGCUGCCAUAUCGGGAGGGCUCGGGCCGUGGAUGAACAAUGGUCUCGGGUCGAUGGAUACCUUGGUUCUUUGUGGUCAGUGCGCGGGGGACCGGCCGUGCUCUGCCCGAUUCGGACGCGUUGUGAAAAGUGAAGCGUCCCCGGGGGAAGUGAUGGACGCGCUCUGAUCGAUCCGCUCGCCGCCUCACAAUGUCGGCAGAUAUAUUGGUGCGAUGUUGCUCAACCCUGCACUGGAUAGGGGCGGGCCGCUGAUGAUGAUGUGGCUGGGCUGAAAGCUACCCCGUCGAAACAGGCGGCCUAGCCUCGCAUCACGAGAUCAGAGAGCUUAUUUCAUUUGAGCUCGAAAGCCUUAGAUAACUGAUGACUAUCACGUUGCACUCAGGCCGGCGUGGCGUAGCCAAAAUGAACCGCAAUAUCAUUGGGAGCGCCAAAUUCCGAUCGGGAGACGGCUGGAGCGCCGUUCGCACGUAGCUGCAUUAGACGGUAGACUCGGAGCACUUCUCUCUGUACAUAGACGGCUCCGUGGGCCACCAGUGAUGCACACUCAAUGUGUAGAGCUCAGAUAUGGGUGACCAGAGCGAGUGUGACUGGGGAGCAGUCACUGAAUCUCUGGCGAGUCGUCAGAGUGUGACGGAGAGGCGGGUACUGGUACGGACUUCGUGAUGAUCGGUGAGCAGUGAUCUCUUCGCACCGGGCUGAGCAGGGUCCGUUGGGUUCCAAGUAGGUCGCUGCUGGGAUUUUGUUCCUCUGUCGCUCUAGUCAGUCGCAGGUUCUACCUCUGUGUGAUGCUGUGGUUGACUAUGAAGCUAGCGAAUCAUCAGUAGCAGAUGCCGUUCACUUCGUUGCCACCCGACCAUAUCUUGAUUUUCGUUUGCCAAUGUCACGCUGACUGCAGUCUGCUGUGUUGAAUAUGGGUUUUAGCUACUGAAUUGGAAACUGGAGUUCGCUCUUUUGUAUGAACUUGCCAGCUUGGUAGAUGAAUGUUAAAUCGGUGACAAUCUGAAAAGAAUUGUAUGCAAGACGGCAGUUCCCCCAUCGUGUGGUUUCUAGAAUCGUGACUCAUUUAUUUUAUCUGAGAAGAAUCUAUUGUCACUUGCUUUCUUACCUGCAGCUUAGUUUCCAGCCGUCGACUGUUUCUAUGAGGCAUUAUCUUUAUCAUUAUUUUAAUCUCAUUCACUCGAGCCUCACUGCAUCAUUUUCGGGUGCCAGCCUAAGCACUUUCGUCGCUCGUGCGUCGCCAGUCCCUGGUCUGUGGCUGACACUGAGGGGUGACCAGGGCGGCUGGGACGAGCGAAAAGUGCUGACACUCUGCCAGCAGCCGAGCUUUCUGUCCGAUAUGGAGGCCGGGGGGCGGCGGCCGGCGCGCUCUGCCCGUGUAUAUAGACGAUAUGGUGCGUGUGAACGCGGUCAGUGGUGCUUCAGAGAGUCUGCGACGGGUUGUGAGAGUGAACCGUGCCAUGCUGGUCCAAUGUCAAGGGUAGUCUUCGUAUAGUGCGCGAAUAAACUUUGUGAUAACAUG